GACUCUCCUCGACAGACUUCGAGGACGACAUCCUCGGUCCAUCAGAUCCCGAGGCGAUGGUGGACGCCGAGACCAUCCGCCAUUUGCUGCAAAAGGCAGCAAAGCUUCAAGCAAAGCAGCCGCCGGAUCCGCCGGCGACCCGCGUGCCGUGGAUCGAUGGCAUCCGCUGGGACGGCAAGCGAGUGCGGAUCGACGGGUCGAAGUUUCACCCGAUUUAG